AUGUCACACACACAGGACGAACAGCACUAUAAAAGCCCCCGAUCAUUGUUCGAAGGAUUUAAACAAGCAGGUGUCCUUGGGCUGAACAAGCGUGAAAUAUCGAAUAGGGUUUUUAGAAACUGAACUACACGGCAGCACCAUGCAGAUCUUCGUGAAGAUGUUGACCGGCAAGACCAUUGCCGUAGACACUGAGCCUGAGGCAACGGUGGAAAGUGUCAAGAAACAGAUCGACGAGCGUGAGGAAAUCCCUCCAAACCAACAGCGCAUGAUCUUCGCGGGCAAACAACUGGAAGAUGGCCGUCAGCUACAGGAAUACAGCAUCAUCAAGGGUUCUACAAUCCAUCUGGUUCUGCGCCUCAAGGGUGGCAUGCAGAUCUUCGUGAAGAUGUUGACUGGCAAGACCAUUGCUGUGGACACAGAACCGGAAGCAACAGUCGAGAGUGUCAAGAAACAGAUCGAUGAGCGAGAGGAAAUCCCUCCAAACCAACAGCGCAUGAUCUUCGCUGGCAAACAACUGGAAGAUGGCCGUCAGCUACAGGAAUACAGCAUCAUCAAGGGCUCUACAAUCCAUCUGGUUCUGCGCCUCAAGGGUGGCAUGCAGAUCUUCGUGAAGAUGUUGACUGGCAAGACCAUUGCUGUGGACACAGAACCGGAAGCAACAGUCGAGAGUGUCAAGAAACAGAUCGAUGAGCGAGAGGAAAUCCCUCCAAACCAACAGCGCAUGAUCUUCGCUGGCAAACAACUGGAAGAUGGCCGUCAGCUACAGGAAUACAGCAUCAUCAAGGGCUCUACAAUCCAUCUGGUCUUACGUCUCAAGGGUGGUAUGCAGAUCUUCGUGAAGAUGUUGACUGGCAAGACCAUUGCUGUGGACACAGAACCGGAAGCAACAGUCGAGAGUGUCAAGAAACAGAUCGACGAGCGUGAAGAAAUCCCACCAAAUCAACAGCGCAUGAUCUUCGCUGGCAAACAACUGGAAGAUGGUCGUCAGCUACAGGAAUACAGCAUCAUCAAGGGCUCUACUGUUCAUCUGGUCUUACGUCUCAAGGGUGGUAUGCAGAUCUUCGUGAAGAUGUUGACUGGCAAGACCAUUGCUGUGGACACAGAACCGGAAGCAACAGUCGAGAGUGUCAAGAAACAGAUCGACGAGCGUGAGGAAAUCCCUCCAAACCAACAACGCAUGAUCUUCGCUGGCAAACAACUGGAAGAUGGUCGUCAGCUACAGGAAUACAGCAUCAUCAAGGGCUCUACAAUCCAUCUGGUCUUACGUCUCAAGGGUGGUAUGCAGAUCUUCGUGAAGAUGUUGACUGGCAAGACCAUUGCUGUGGACACAGAACCGGAAGCAACAGUCGAGAGUGUCAAGAAACAGAUCGACGAGCGUGAAGAAAUCCCACCAAAUCAACAGCGCAUGAUCUUCGCGGGCAAACAACUGGAAGAUGGCCGUCAGCUACAGGAAUACAGCAUCAUCAAGGGCUCUACUGUUCAUCUGGUCUUACGUCUCAAGGGUGGUAUGCAGAUCUUCGUGAAGAUGUUGACUGGCAAGACCAUUGCUGUGGACACAGAACCGGAAGCAACAGUCGAGAGUGUCAAGAAACAGAUCGAUGAGCGAGAGGAAAUCCCUCCAAACCAACAGCGAAUGAUCUUCGCUGGCAAACAACUGGAAGAUGGUCGUCAACUACAGGAAUACAGCAUCAUCAAAGGUUCUACUGUUCAUCUGGUUCUACGACUGAAGGGAGGAGUACAACUCAUUGAUUGAACCACUCUGGAUGAUUACUAGAACAAUGAAAUAUCGAAAAAAGGCUCCAAACUCAUUCCGUUGAUGAGGUAAAAUGCAACAGAAAAGCAAACAAACUGCCAAACAAAAUAUCGAUCAAAUCGAUCUAAAUACUUGCAGAUUCAACCGGAUAUAGUUCGCUAGACUAUGUCCAUGAAGUUUAAUAAAUAAUGAAAUGUUUUGUUGAAA